ACUGUUUCUGUAUUGUGGUCUAUUCUUCUUCUCUGACGGACGACAAUGGGACAAACUAUGACGACUCCUCUUUCCCUUACCCUAAGCCAUUGGACCGAAGUUCGGGCCAGAGCCCAUAAUUUUUCAGUAGAGGUGAAGAAAGGAAAGUGGCAGACUUUGUGUGCCUCUGAAUGGCCAACAUUUCAGAUAGGAUGGCCCCCCGAAGGAUCCUUUUUAUUAGACAAGAUUAGGUUGCUGAAGUCUAAGAUAUUUAAUACAGGACCCCACGGACAUCCAGACCAAGUACCAUAUGUCUUGGUCUGGGAAGAUUUAAUUCUCUCCCCACCUCCGUGGGUCCGACCCUUUGUUUCCUCAACAGGUACGUCUGCGCACACAUCAGCAGCGUCGGAGAUAUUAGCCCUAAAGAAAAACCCCAACACGGAAAAGCUACCCGGCGCCCCAGAUCCACCGAAAGCGAUUUAUCCUGACCCGCAGUCCGAUUUGCUUCUUUUGGAUUCCCCACCCCCUUAUCCUCUGGCCCCAAAUCCCCUACCACCUAGAGGACCCCCAGCUCCACUGCCCUCGGCACCAAGGGGACCAUCCAUGAUGGAAGGAAAGGGUCCCUCAGCGGGCACUAGGAGCCGGAGGGCUAUCUCCCCAGACUCCACUGCCCUACCUCUUAGAGAAUAUGGCCCCCCCGAUGGCCAAGGGAAUAGACCUCUCCAAUAUUGGCCCUUUUCCUCUGCAGAUCUUUAUAAUUGGAAAAUGCAUAACCCAACUUUUUCUGAAAAUCCACAGGCCCUUACUGCUUUAAUAGAAUCUCUUGUUUUCUCCCACCAGCCCACAUGGGAUGAUUGUCAGCAGCUGCUUCAGACUCUCCUAACGACUGAGGAGAGGCAACGGGUUCUUUUAGAAGCCAAAAAAAAUGUAUUAGGCGCCAAUGGGCAACCUACCCAGCUGCCUAACGAGAUUGAUGCUGGUUUCCCACUCGUCAGGCCAAACUGGGAUUUCAAUGCCCCGGAAGGUAGGGAGCGCCUGAAAAUGUAUCGCCAGGCUCUGGUGGCGGGUCUCCAUGGAGCGGCCAGACGGCCCACUAAUUUGGCUAAGGUAAGGGAAGUCACUCAGGGGCCCCAGGAAUCUCCAACUGUGUUCCUGGAACGUUUAAUGGAAGCCUUUAGACGCUUUACCCCUUAUGAUCCAACUUUGGAGGAACAUAGGGCUACUAUAGCAAUGGCUUUCAUAGAUCAAGCGGCCCCUGAUAUUAAGAAGAAAUUACAGAGGCUAGAUGGCUUGCAGGGAUUUUCGCUUCAGGAGUUAGUAAAAGAGGCAGAUAAAGUAUAUAACAAAAGAGAAACAGAGGAAGAGAAGGAAGAAAGAAAGCAGAAAGAGCAGGAAGCCCGUGAAAUAAGACGGGAUAAGAGACAGGAGAGGAAUUUAAGUAAGAUACUGGCCACUGCGGUUGGAGGAAGAAAUAUAGGGGAUACAAAUAGGCAGGAAGGGCGAACGGCAGACAGAAGGCGGCCAUUAGACAAGGACCAAUGUGCCUACUGUAAAGAAAAAGGACAUUGGGCGAGAGAAUGCCCUAAGAAAAAGAGUGGAGGAAGGCCAACCAGAAACAAAAUCUUAACAUUGGAAGAAGAAGACUAGGAAAGUCAGGGCUCGAACCCUCUCCCCGAGCCCCGGGUAACUCUUAAAGUGGAGGGGGAACCUGUUCAAUUUUUGGUAGAUACCGGAGCGCAGCACUCCGUCCUUCUCCACUCAAAAGGUCCUAUCUCAGCUAAAAGGUCAUGGGUACAAGGAGCCACUGGGAAUAAACAAUAUUCAUGGACCACACGAAGGACAGUAGAUCUUGGGAUUGGACGAGUAACCCAUUCAUUUUUGAUUAUUCCGGAAUGCCCCUAUCCUUUGCUGGGAAGAGACUUGCUCUCCAAAGUGGGGGCUCAAAUCCACUUCCAACCGGAAGGUCCCACCAUAACUGACGGUAAGGGAAGAUUACUCCAAAUAUUGACUAUGAGAUUGGAAGAUGAAUGUAAAUUAUAUGAAAAACCUUCAUCUCCACGAGUUAAUGUCACAGACUGGGUAACUCGGUUCCCGCAAGCCUGGACAGAAACCGCCGGUACGGGGAUGGCUAAAAAUCGGCCCCCAGUACUAGUGGAACUCAAGGCAACUGCCACCCCAAUAACGGUUCGUCAAUACCCCAUGAGUAAGGAAGCCAAAGACGGCAUCCGUCCUCACAUACAGAGGUUGCUGGAAUUGGGCAUUCUGGUAAGAUGUCAAUCCGCGUGGAAUACCCCUCUCCUGCCAGUUAAGAAACCGGGAACUAAUGAUUAUCCACCAGUACAAGACCUGCGUGAGGUAAAUAAACGAGUGGCGGACCUCCACCCCACAGUACCAAAUCCUUAUAAUCUCUUAAGCACUCUUCCGCCCCAACAUACAUGGUAUACUGUUUUGGACCUUAAGGAUGCUUUUUUCUGCCUAAGACUUUCUCCCCUCAGCCAGCCCUACUUUGCCUUCGAAUGGAAGGACCCAGCAUCAGGGAUAUCUGGCCAACUGACAUGGACUCGUUUACCUCAGGGAUUUAAGAACUCCCCUACCAUCUUCGAUGAAGCUCUUCAUCAGGAUUUAGCGUCAUAUAGAGAAUCAAAUCCACAGGUAACGCUACUUCAAUAUGUUGAUGACAUCUUAUUAGCUGCUGAAACCCAGGAAGAUUGUAUCAAGGGAACUGAAAAACUGUUAACAGAGCUCGGAACCCUGGGAUAUAGAGCCUCAGCCAAGAAAGCACAAAUAUGCCAACAACAGGUCAGUUACCUGGGGUACCUGUUAAAAGGGGGACAAAGAUGGUUCACGGAGAGCAGAAAGGAUACGGUGGCCCAAAUUCCGGCUCCCAAAAACGCCAGGCAGGUUAGAGAAUUUUUGGGGACGGCCGGAUUCUGUAGACUAUGGAUUCCAGGGUUUGCUGAGCUGGCGGCCCCAUUGUACCCCCUAACCAAAAACAGCACUCCUUUCGUUUGGGGCGAAAAGGAACAACGGGCUUUUGACCAAAUCAAACGAGCUUUACUUUCAGCUCCAGCCCUAGGACUGCCAGAUGUAACCAAACCUUUUCAUUUAUAUGUGGCCGAAAAUAAGGGCAUUGCAAAAGGAGUAUUGACUCAGAAAUUGGGUCCCUGGAAUCGCCCAGUUGCUUAUUUGUCAAAAAAAUUGGACCCUGUGGCAUCAGGAUGGCCUACCUGUUUAAAGAUAAUCGCUGCAGUAGCCGCCCUGGUCAAAGAUGCUGACAAACUAACUUUAGGACAAAAUCUAACGAUAACAGCUCCUCAUGCCCUGGAGAAUGUAAUCCGUCAACCACCGGGUAGGUGGCUAACUAAUACCAGGAUGACCCAUUACCAAACCCUGUUGCUAAACUCAGAUCGCAUCAAGUUUGCUCCAGCCACAGGACUCAAUCCAGCUACCUUGCUACCUGAUCCCGAUUUAGAAGGCUCCACCAUCAUCCAUGAUUGUCAGGAAGUGUUGGCUGCAGCACACGGUAGUAGACCUGAUCUGACGGACCUACCCCUUCCUGAUGCUGAUUUUACUUGGUUUACUGAUGGGAGCAGUUUCCUGGAAGGAGGUAAGCGUCGAGCUGGAGCAGCCGUGGUAGACGGAAAACAAGUCAUCUGGGCAGCUGCGCUACCACAAGGGACCUCAGCCCAACGAGCUGAAUUAAUUGCCAUGACAAGGGCAUUGGAGAUGGCAGAGAAUAAAAAGGUAAACAUCUACACGGACAGUAGAUAUGCAUUUGCUACCGCUCAUAUCCACGGUGCCAUCUACCAACAGAGAGGGUUGCUAACCUCAAGUGGCAGAGAAAUUAAAAACAAAGACGAAAUUGUGGCUCUAUUGGCUGCACUCAUGCUUCCCACUAAAGUUAGCAUCAUUCACUGCCCUGGACACCAGAAAGACAAUACCCCAAUAACUAGGGGUAAUAAUAUGGCUGACCAAGUGGCCCGAGAAAUAGCAUCGGGAGAAGUCAUUUUAGGACUGUCAGAUAAAGUUCCUGAAAAACCAGGCCGCGACGAGGAAAUCAUCCCGGCCACAACAAAAGGAACUUUGUCCCCUCAGCAAGCAGAAUCCAUGUUACAACAGAUUCAUAGAUGGACACAUCUGGGGACUAAAAAAAUGAUAUCCCUGUUACAUAAAACCGGGUACGGAACCCCUGGAUUGACGAAAUUAGCUGAACAAAUUGUACAGGAAUGUGUUCCAUGUCAACAGAUACUUUUUCAGGAUGGAUAGAAGCCUUCCCAACGAAGAAAGAAACAGCUGCUGUGGUAGCCAAAAAGAUCCUAGAAGAAAUUUUUCCUCGAUUUGGGGCACCAAAGGUAAUAGGGUCCGACAAUGGUCCGGCCUUCGUCGCCCAGGUAAGUCAGGAUGUGGCCAGAUAUUUGGGGACUGAUUGGAAAUUACAUUGUGCAUAUAGACCCCAGAGUUCAGGUCAGGUAGAAAGAAUGAAUAGAACUCUAAAAGAGACCCUAACUAAAUUGUCCUUGGAGACUGGCGGUACAGAUUGGACGGUGCUCCUUCCUUUAGCCCUGUUUCGGGUUAGGAAUACACCUUCCCGAUACCAUCUUACUCCUUUUGAGGUACUAUACGGGGCCCCACCUCCUCUUCUCACCUUAGGAGAAGAAAUAAAACCAGACUGUCAAAAUAACACUGACUUGUAUGCUAGGCUAUUGGGACUCCAACUGGUCCAAAAGGAGAU